AUGCAUUGCAACUUUAGCGCGGGUCUGCUGGAGCGCACCCUCCCGGGUCUGCUGUCGGUGGAGUUUGUGCUAGGGACACUGGGCAACGGGCUGGCCCUGUGGAUCUUCUGCUUCCACCUGCGGCCCUGGAAGAGCAGCACGGUGCUGCUCUUCAACCUGGCGGUGGCAGACUUCCUCCUCUUGACCAUCCUGCCCUUCCGCGCCAGCUACUACGCCUCUGGCAUCCGCUGGCGCUUCGGCCGGACGCUGUGCGACGCCUCGCAGUUUAUGCUGGCGCUGAAUCGCACGGGCAGCGCGCUCUUCCUCAUGGCCAUCGCCCUGGACCGCUACGUGCGGGUGCUGCACCCGCACAGCCGUCUCAAUUCGCUCAGCCCCUCCAAGGCGGCGUGUGGGGCGGCCGCCCUUUGGCUGGUGACGGUGUGCCUGACGGCCAACGCCCUGAGCCUGCGCAACUUUCGCGGCGGCUACUGCGAGAGCUUCCUGGUGGAGACCUCGGCCCGGGGCAACCGCCUCUGGCACAAGUUCAACUUUCUCUUCUCCUGCUGGGUGCCGCUGCUGGUCAUCCUCUUUUGCACGGUGCGCAUUGCCAUCCGGCUCCGGGCCCGCCAGCUGGGCCAACGCGGCAAGGUCAAGAAGGCCCUUUGCUUCCUGGUGGUGGUGGUGGCGCUCUUCGCCGUCUGCUUCCUUCCCAGUAAUGUGACGCAACUGCUCAUCUGGAUUGAGACCCGCCGGGCCUCCGAGCGCCAUUCCGGGGAGAUGAUGUGCGCCGCCAUGGACAACCUGACCGUCACCUUCUACGUGACCGUCAGCCUGACCUAUCUCAAUAGCGCCCUGGACCCGCUGGUCUACUACUUCUCCAGUCCCACCUUCAAGAGUAUCUGUAGAAGAUCCCUGCACCUGCCCCAGGGCGAGACCACCGAGAGCACCGAAAAGAGGAGCGGGACCCGCGAGACGGCCUCGCAUUCCUGCAGCCAGAUUUAGAGGCGCUUCAAGAAAAAUCGCUUGCCAAAUACUUUUGUCAAGGCAUUGACUUUGAUGAGAAUGUUGCCCCUACCAAUAUGGCUGUCCCGAGGCUGUUUUGGUAGGAGCGAUGAAAAGUAUUUUCAUGCUUCUGCCCUGAAAUGAAAUGAGUUUAUCACGGGCAGACUUCCAAUCUAUUUCAAGCAGAGGCGAAUGAUUGGUCCUUCAUUCAUUGCCUACGUCUGGCGCCGUCCAUGGCAGACAAUGAGUGAAUACUUUGACAUUGAUCAAUUAAGUCAACCAUGACUCAACUCAUUGACUUGGAUGGGAACAUCCCCAUAGGGCGGACAUGUUGGUAGGGGUCAUGAAUGGACUAUGCAUACUUCCACCUUGAAUUAAAAUUAGUUUCUCUAUAGUAACCUGUUCCUCUGGCCAAGAUGCACUCUCCAAACAAUUAGUUUUUUUCUCGUAGACAUCCAAACCAUUUGAAGCGGGAGGGCAGGCAACAAAUGAAUGUUCGCUGCCAACCCUUCCGCUGCAAAUGGAUUAGACGUGUAGCGGCGUCCAUUGCAGCCACUGAUUUAAUAGCAGAUGCUUUGACAUUGAUAAAAUAAGCUAGUUGGGACUUCAUGUUAAUGUCAAUGCAUUGACUUGGAUGGGAUAGGUCACAAAUGAAAGAUCUUUUCAUGCUUUUGCCCUCAAUUGAAAUAAGUUGAUUACUAGUAGACGUCCAAACCAUUUAAAGCGAAAGUUGCUGGCAGCGAAUGACCGUUCAUUCAUACCAAGUCUUCCCGCUUCAAAUGGAUUGAACGUCUACUAUUGAUAAACUCUUCAAUUCACAGCAGGAUUGGACGCCACAUGAUUUGAUGUCUCAUCGUCAAUGGCACUAAAUAGUUGAUUUAAAAAACAUUUAAUUGUGCUUUUAACUUAUCUUGUAACUUUUUUUUUUUUUUUUUACUAUGGACAGUUGAAAAUUUGUAAAACUGCCGCUGCAAUAAAGAGCAGAAGGUCUCCUCCGACGUUGUCAUGUUUUUUUCACACCUCAAGAGAUUGACGCUUCUCACUUCCUCUUUGAGUGCGAUGAUUUGCACUUUCACAGUAAAAAUUGGUCCAUUUCCCAGAAGAAUGAAAUUCUCAGAAUAAAGCUCACUCACACAAAAGAUGCAAAUAGUCUUUUCAAAUAUAACCCCCAGUCCCAAAUAAACACCUCUGCAAGUUUGUUCGUUCAUCAUUUCCGUUCACUUUAUUCCAAAAGCGCUCACUUUAAAACAAUUGCGCAAAGUCGGCGACGAGCUUCGAGCGCGGCGCUUAAUCGGAUGUAUGACGAUUCCACAAAUGUAGGAUUGCGAGAGCGCUUUUUGAGGGGUUCUCAAAAGUCUUGUUUUUAUUUUUCACUUUUGUUAGCUGUCGGCGUCCCCCUGUUGGCCUCACUGCACCUGAGGAGCACAUCAAAUCACUUCUAAAUAGUCUUACUUUGUCUUCUAACAAUUUUAGCAUUUUUCAUGAUGUAAAACCGGAUUCUGAAUAACUCCUAACCUAUGGGCAACAAAAACACCAAUAAGUGUGUGUGUGCAUGCCCUCUACUGGCAAAUUCCUAAGGUAUAGAGAAGGCUGACUACUAAAUACUUAUACUAACCCUGGGCAAAAAAACAAUAACAAUACUUUUCGUCAUAUAAUUUUUGGCAACAAAAAUAAAA